CCUCCGGCUCCCCUAAGACGAGAUGCCAUCGGGCUUCCAACAGAUCGGCUCCGAAGAUGGAGAGCCCCCUCAGCAGCGAGUGACUGGGACCCUGGUCCUCGCUGUGUUCUCAGCUGUGCUUGGCUCCCUGCAGUUUGGCUACAACAUUGGGGUGAUCAACGCCCCACAGAAGGUGAUUGAACAGAGCUACAAUGAGACCUGGCUGGGGAGGCAGGGGCCCGGGGGCCCCAGCUCCAUCCCGCAGGGCACCCUCACCACACUCUGGGCCCUCUCUGUGGCUAUCUUCUCCGUGGGCGGCAUGAUUUCCUCCUUCCUCAUCGGCAUCAUCUCCCAGUGGCUGGGAAGGAAGAGGGCAAUGCUGGUCAACAACAUCCUGGCCAUGCUGGGGGGCUCCCUGAUGGGCUUCGCCAAGGCUGCGGCUUCCUACGAGAUGCUCAUUCUUGGCCGGUUCCUCAUCGGCGCCUAUUCAGGGCUAACAUCAGGACUUGUGCCCAUGUAUGUGGGAGAGAUCGCCCCUACCCACCUGCGAGGUGCUUUGGGCACGCUCAAUCAACUGGCCAUCGUCAUUGGCAUUCUGAUCGCCCAGGUGCUGGGCUUGGAGGCCAUGUUGGGCACCGCCACGCUGUGGCCCUUGCUCCUGGGCAUCACAGUGCUGCCCGCACUCCUGCAGCUCAUCCUGCUGCCCUUCUGCCCCGAGAGCCCCCGCUAUCUCUACAUCAUCCGGAACCUGGAGGGGCCUGCCCGAAAGAGUCUGAAGCGCCUCACAGGCUGGGCCGAUGUGUCAGGAGCCCUGGCAGAGCUGAAAGAGGAGAAACGCAAGCUGGAGCGUGAGAGGCCCCUGUCCCUGCUGCAGCUAUUGGGCAGCCGUAGCCACCGGCAGCCACUGAUCAUAGCCGUGGUGCUGCAGCUGAGCCAGCAGCUCUCGGGCAUCAAUGCCGUUUUCUAUUAUUCAACCAGCAUCUUUGAGACAGCAGGGGUAGGGCAGCCGGCCUAUGCCACCAUAGGAGCUGGAGUGGUCAACACGGUCUUCACCUUGGUCUCGGUAUUCUUGGUAGAACGGGCUGGGCGCAGGACACUCCACCUCUUGGGCCUGGCAGGCAUGUGUGGCUGUACCAUUUUGAUGACAGUGGCUCUACUUCUCUUGGAACGGGUUCCAGCCAUGAGCUAUGUGUCCAUUGUGGCCAUCUUCGGCUUCGUGGCAUUCUUUGAGAUUGGCCCAGGCCCCAUUCCCUGGUUCAUCGUGGCCGAGCUCUUCAGCCAGGGGCCCCGCCCAGCAGCCAUGGCCGUGGCUAGCUUUUCCAACUGGACGUGCAACUUCCUCAUCGGCAUGGGGUUCCAGUAUGUGGCGGACGCCAUGGGCCCCUACGUCUUCCUCCUAUUCGCCGUCCUCCUGCUCGGCUUCUUCAUCUUCACCUUCCUCAGAGUGCCUGAGACCAGGGGCCGGACAUUUGACCAGAUCUCUGCUGCCUUCCGCCGGACGCCCUCCCUUUUGGAGCAGGAGGUGAAGCCCAGCACGGAACUGGAGUACUUGGGGCCAGAUGAGAACGACUGAAGAGCCGCCAGGCAUGGGGGCGGGGACAGCCUACUUCCCCCACCCCCAGCCCCUCCUUUCCUCUGCAGCACUUUAAACCCCCCCCUCUUCC